AUGCAAAAUAAUAAAGACACAGAGAGCAGAAACCGGGUGAUGGAAACACAAAAGAAAACAUUUACUAAAUGGUUGAAUAAUAAAUUAGCAACACAUAACUUUCCAAUUGUAACUAAUUUAUAUGAAGAUUUAGAUAAUGGUAAAGUUCUUAGAGAUUAUUUGUGUUCAAUUGGUAUGACACCACCUAGUAUUACUGAGGUUCCAAAAAUGAGAGUGCAGAAAGUUGAGAAUUUAUACCUGAUACUUAAGUACUUGUCUAAGAAUGAGAUUCGUUUAGUAAAUAUUGGUGCUGAAGAUAUAGUUGACAAAAAUAAGAAGUUAAUAUUGGGACUAAUUUUUACCCUCAUAUUGCAUCAUGGAUCAAUAAUUGGAUCAGCAAUUGAACAAGGAGAAUUUAGAAAUAAGCUGUUACAUUGGUGUCAAGAAGUCACUAAGGAUUAUGAGAGAGUUUUAAUUAAAGACUUUUCUAAAUCUUUUAAAGAUGGGCUAGCAUUUAAUGCUAUAAUACAUUUCCUCGAUCCAGAUAACACAGAUUAUAAGUCAACUCUCGGUAUGUCAGUACCAGACAGAUUGAAUUAUGCAUUUAAUAAAGCUAAAUCAUUAUUUGAUAUUGAAACAAUAUUAGACAUUAAUGAUUUGUUAGAUAUUGAUGGUCCUGAUGAACAAUGUAUUAUAACAUACGUAAUUGAGUUUUACAGAAAAUCAGCUAUGGUAAUUAAGAAGAAAUAUUUUAAGGACAAAGUAAAAUCAAUAUCUUUUAAUCAUAAAGAAUAUGAUAGAGCAAUAAAUACAUAUAAGGAAAUGGAAGAAAAGUAUAAUCUUAAUUCAAAAGAUUUAAAAGUAUCAACAGAUAAAGUUUAUAAUAAUUUUAUUGCUUUAAUUGACUCUAUAGAGGAACUUAAUGAAUCACAUGUACGAAUAUUAGAAAGUACUUGUGCUGUUAAUUCGUUAAUCAGUUUACUUGCUGGGUUUGAGAAGGCUUGUAUGUUAAAGAGUGAGAAUGAUAUUCCUAAAACUAAAUUUCUAGUCGAGAGUAUUAAUAUAGAUAAACUUGUAGAUGUAAAUGUGCUAGAAAAGAAUAAAGCAGCUUUAAAAAGUCAAGAUCUAAUGAACUUUGAACAACUCUCAAUAUGUCUUGAUAGGUACUUAGAAUCACUUAAAACUAACACUGUUGAUGAUGAAUCGUUAGAAAUUCUAAAUACAAUUUUAAAAACUAAAUCAUUUAAUAAGCCUUUUAACCCAACUUUUAUUACUUGGAUCAACCAAAUAUUAAAAUCAGUUGAAGUAUUAGCUAAUUCAACAAAGAGAGUUAAUGAGAAUCUUAAGAAAAGUAAAAAUUUUUACAAAACUAAUAAUAAAGACGGGUGGGUCAAAGGAAGUGAUUUAAAUAAGUUUCUUAAUAACUUUACAGAUUUUUCAGCUGAUUUAUUGGCCAUUUAUCCAGAUAAAAUGUUUAAUGAGGCAGAAAUAAAUGAAGCAGUUGAAUCUUUAAGUAGAAAUUCAAUGACAACAAAAAUGAUAGAAAAUGUAAAAAAUUUACUUUCAAAUGAAGAAGAUUUAAAAGAAUUAGAAGCAAUUAAAGUGAGACUUUCAAAGUAA